ACGGAGGACGCUCGAGGCCGGGCUCCCCCGCGCGGCGCCUGACUGGAAAAGCCGGGCACGGCGCGGGGCCGAGCCACCUCUUCCACCGCCAGCUGCCCGCCAUCGCCCCACGUCUCGUCCCGCCGUUGUCUUUCCGCGCCGAGCGCCGCGCCGGCUACACAACAGCUCGGUGCAGCGAAUGCGUUUAUUUCCUGCAGCCUUGGGACUGUAGCAAAAUGGAGAAAUCCAAAAGCAGAUUAAAGCCUGGCAAGGUCCGUGUCAUUCAACUGCUGCCUCGGCCUGAGGUGCGUGCAGCUGGACAAUCCAUUGCUCGCCUGUCUGUCAGGCAGUUUCAGGACAGAUGUGAUGACAGUCUGGAUCAAGUUGGGUAUGCCCAGAGUCAGGGAAGAAGGUUAAAAGAAUUCCAAAUCAGUUACCUAGAAAGGAAGUUCUUCUAUCUCUGGGCAAAAAGGACAUUUGGACAAGUUCUCCCUUCCAAAGCCACAUGCCUGUAUGAGCAGCAGAUCCUUCGAAAAACUUUCAGAGUGUGGAGGGAAUGGUGGGUUGUGUGCAGAGAAAGGCAGCUCAGCCUCAGAGCAGACAGCCAUUACAGGCACUUUCUCCACAGUUUGAUAUUCAGGGCUUGGAAAGCCUAUGUAUUCCAACAACGGGGAAAGAGGAACAAAUAUUAUGUUGCAGAGUCUCAUGCAAAGAAGCAAAAACUGCUCAGGACGUGGCAGCACUGGCUGGUUUAUGUUGAUGUCCAAAGGACAAAACAAAGGAUGCAGGCUGUGGCACUGGCAUUCAGGGAAAGAACCCGUUUGCGGAUAUCCUGGGCAGCAUGGAGGAGACGAUGCUGUCAGGUCUGUGCUGGACGUAAAAUGAACAUUUUGGCUCUGCAGCACUGGGCUCAGAGCCUGCAAUUUCGAGCUUGGCUGCAGUGGCAGCACCUAUAUUUAAACAGCCAGAGUGCCAAGCAGAAGGAGACUCAGGCAGUUACUCACCACGUGCACAGGGAAUUGAGGAGGUGCAUGGAAGCAUGGCUGGAAUAUGUGAACAUCCGCAGGGAAAAGAAACAUCAGAAUGAGCUGGCUCAAGAGCAUCUCCAAGGCACGGUGGUCCAGCGGUGUUUCUCAGAUUGGCGUCACUCAUGGGAGUGCAGGAGAAGAGUGCAUGCUUACCAAAAGGACCUUGAUAGACUGUCAGCAAGGAUUACCUUAAGGACAGUCUUUGCACACUGGAGGCAUUAUGUUGUGCUGUGUGUGGAAGAGACUCUGCAAUGUGAGCUGGCUGAAAAGCACCACAGACAUCAGCUGCUGAAGUUUGGGUUUAAGGGUCUUCAGCAGAAUGUCAUGAACAGUCAUCUUCAUCAAGUGAGAAAAAAUCUCUCAUUCCACCAGCACCGAGUUACAGUGCUGCAGAAGUUCUGGAACUGCUGGAAGUCCCGUUUGGAAGAGAAGGAGGAACAACAACAGCAGGCCUUAACAUCUGUGGCUCAUGCCCGUUACAGGAGGGUGUUGAUGAGACAUGUAUUUGACACAUGGUUGGUGAAGGCGUGCAAGCAGCAAGAAUACAGGAUGGGAGAGAACAGGGCUGUACUUCAUUUUGAAAGGCAACUUUUGGUUUCCUUCUGGUGCUUUUGGCAUAGAAGAACAGCUGCACGUCUGGAAGAGAAGGAGGACUUGGCUCGUGCAAGAGAUCACUACAGGAACAUGCUUCUUCUGAAUGCUUUCCAUCUGUGGAAGAAAAAUACUCAGGAGAGAAAAAUGGAGAAGCUCAAGGAGAUGCAAGCCUUAAGGUUUCACUGUUCAAAGUGUCUGCAGCAGUCUUGGAACAAAUGGAGAAAGUACAUGCAGCAUCAGUGUGAGAAAUGGAGGAAGCUGGUGCAAGCAGACAUGCAUUAUCAGCACGUGCUCCUGGGCAAGAUGUUGGCAGCCUGGAAGAGUUAUCAAAAUAACAUUCACUGCAUUCUGUACCAAGUAGCUGAAAAGGAGGAGCAGCACACUAGACUGCUGCUGCGGCAGCUUCUGUAUUUGUGGAGGGAAAAUGCUCUUGCUCUUAUACAUGAAAGGAAAGUGACUACUCAAGCAGAUGAGCACUACCAGAGAGCAAUCCUGUUAAAGGUGUUGCAGCACUGGAGGUGCACUGCCUCACUACGAGUGUAUCACCGUCAGCAGAAGGUGGCAGCUGUGAUGGAGGCCAGGAAACAUUUGGAUGCAGUGCGUUUACAGACCCUGUUUCUUUGCUGGAAGGAAUUUACUAAGGAGUCUCUGAUGAUGAAGGUUCAGCAGCACAGAGCAGUGCAGCACCAUCAGCAGCACCUACUGCAGAAUUACCUGGAAAAAUGGAAGAAAUACCAUCAGCAGUGCACUGAGAAGAUGCUACUGCAGAGAAAAGGAGGACAGCUAAUGACUCAUAGGCUUCGCUCUACUUUCUUUUUGUGCUGGAAGACAAGGCUGUUGCAGCAGCAAUGGGAAAAGCGGCAGACAGUGCAAGCAUUGUGGCACUGGUCACUUUCAUUGCAGAGGAGGGUGUUCAGUGCUUGGCUGAGAUUUGCCCAGGGGCAACAGCAGUACAAAGAACGCAUUGAAAAAGCCAAAGGAGUUUAUCAUGCUGCCCUCCUGAGAGAAGGUGUAACCAGGAUUUUGAGGUACACUGCUGGCAUGAAACAAUUGCGGGGAGAGCUCCAAGCCCGGAACCAGAUGAAGGCAGCCUACAAUCUUCACCAGUCAGUCUAUCGCUGUGCAAUGCUCUGGAAACAGAAGGCUCUCUACAAGAAAUUAAAUAAGCCUCGUUCUUUUCUGCCACCUCUGAAGAAGCAAGUGACAUUUGAAAUACCUGAUGACAGCCUUGAAACAAGAGGACAUUCAGCAGAGGAAAAGCUGUGGCCUUCAGAAUGCAGUGAUCUUCCAUUCCUAUUUGCUGGCAAUAACUCAACUCUCAGUGAGCUAGGGGUUGUCCGACGAGCAAGGUUACCACCACGAAGACCUGACUUCCUCAUAGAAUCUCUAGAAAGAAAGGAACUGCUGGGAACUCCUUUUUCCAGAUCAGAAAUGCCUUUUCAGCCAACAGAUGUGAACAAAUGUUCUUCUCAGAAUGGGAAUUUAAUGUUAACAAUGGAAAUGGAAGAAAACACCUGUAAGAGGCUCUCUCAACUGGGCAGUACCACUCACUGCUACUCUCCUCUGACACACAGUGCUCUCCCAUCUGUGCCAUCGAGGACAAGUGAUGUGCACUGUGCUGUUCAGAAGCCAGAGUUAUGGUCUCCUUCAUCUUUCAUGCCCCAGGUGAAAGCUGGAGCAGAAAUGAAAGGAGGUCAGCCUGUGCGUGGUCAGACAGGAGCCUGUUCCCAAGCUUGUCAACAGAGAAAAGAGUUGGAGAAAUUGCAACCAAGCUUAAGGUCACAUUUGCUGUCACCUGAAGAAUUACUGAGAAAAGAGAGUCACCAAAAUGCAGCUGAAUUGGAAGAAAGAAAGCACAGUUCCAGAGAAGAAAUUGUGCUACAGAGAAAGCUAGAAGCAGAGCUCCAAAGCAUCCAACAGCAAAUGCAGUACUACUUCAGCAGGAAGCAAGAACUCAAGUCUUGUCGGCAGCAGGCAGAGAUUCUACAUGAGUGGCUAAAAAGGAGAGCACAACCACAGGAUCAAGAUAGUAUACAAAAAGUUCAGGAAGAAUUGGACCAGUUGGAGGUGAGGAUCAGUGCUCUCACCAAAGCACAACACCGAGAGAGACAGCACGUGCAGAACCUGGUUGCUCGCCUGCAUGAUAUUCAGGUUGCUCUGGAUAUGUAAAUUCACAUGAACACAACUUCCAGAAGGAGUGGCUGCAGUUUUCACCCCUUUCAUAGCAGGAAAGCAUAGAGGAUGGAAAGAGAUGUAUGCAUUCUCUUAGUCCAGGUGUGGUACUUCUAUUUUAUAAACUAACUUAAAUAUU